UUUCAACCACAAACAUGAUGCAGACUGUGGUCCUGUUGUUGCUGAUCAGUUGUGCAGUGAAUGGGGCCCAGGACAAUCUGAAUGGGGCCAAACCUGCUCAGUGCUGUGAUGGCUCUGUGUCUAUGGCUGUGGGAGCUCUGACAGAGAAAGUGGCAAACCUCAUGGACAAAAUGACACAAGUAGAAGCCAAGCUGGACCAGACGGAGACAGAACUCACUCAACUGAAGAGCAUCACUCUGGAUACUCCUAAAAUCGCCUUUUCUGCAUCUCUCUAUGAAACUGGCUCUGGAGACACUGGGCCAUUCAACACUGUCACUCCUCUGAAGUACAAGAAAGUCUACGCCAACUUUGGCAGCAACUACAAUCCGGCUACUGGCAUCUUUACAGCAACAGUGAAGGGGGUCUACUUUUUCCGCUUCACAAUGUUCAACAACCUCAAUUCGACUCCCAACUCAUUCCUGGUCCUGAAGAAGAAUGAGGAACAGAUAGUCUCUAUAUGGGAUAUUUCAGGAUCUGACGCCAAUGACACAGGAAGUAACGCAGCAGUGCUCCCCCUAGAGGCCGGAGACACUGUGUAUGUGGAGCUACAAGCUAACAGACAAGUAUAUGAUGACCAAACUCACUACAACACCUUCACUGGGUUUCUGCUGUUUACCAUUUAGCUCUACUCAAUGUUU